UGAAGUACUAAAGAUCCAUAACCAAAUGUUCUUUUAUCAAGGAAGAUAUUUAUAGAAUAUGUUACGAUUUUUUAGGUAAUAUGUAUUUCACGUCAUGAUUCAAGAUAAAAUUAUAUUCUAUUUGUGAAUGUAAUUAUAUUUUAUUUUUUAUUUUAUAUAUAGAAUUCUAUUCAUAAAAUUAGUUAUUUUUAUGUAUAUGUUUUUAUGUAUUAUUAUCAUGAGUCUAUUUGACGUAUAGUUUAUUCACGUGUCUUUAGAAUUUUCAAAUAUUUUUGGCAUUACCGCGUAGAGAUAUAAAAAUAUAAUUUUAUCAGUUAUCGGUCUAUUCUCUUUGUUUAGCUAAACUGUGCGAGAAGUUCAGCUGAAAAGAAUUAACGUCGAACGCUUUUAAAUCGAGAGGAUUGGGCCCGCCGACACCUGUGCCUCUUCCGGCAGCUGGACAGAUGGCGCUCGGUGGUUCCGUGUAAUUUAAAAGUAACCGUAAACCGAUGUAGUGAGGAUUGGUAGGUGCGUGGAUGUACGCACACGUAAAUAAAUAAAUAGAUAGACAAAUCGGACAGACGUCACUGAAAACGUCGUCCUUCGCGCGAGUUGUAAUGUUCGCGGGAUUCGUCGGACCAGGAAAUCGAGCAAGCAAUCGUGGGAAAUCGUAAAAUACUAAAAUAGUAGUGGAUCUCUCGAACGGCCGGGGUGAGACGGAUUUAAGAUCGCCAUGUGCGACUUGAUAGACUUGAGCAGCCCGAACGUGAAGAGAACGAUGGAACUGGUGAUGCCGUCGCCGCUGAUCCCAGCGCCGAAGAAUGUCGAGUGCGACAGCGGAGCGGGCUCGGAGACGGAAUCGGCGAUGGGAAGACAGGUAGAAGGUAACGACAAUCCGUUCGACCAAGUGUUGCACGAGACCGCCGAGUACGUCAGCAAGAAGGGCGAUCCCUUCGAGGUAAUGCUUCAACGAGCCCUGAAGUUCAAAGGCUGUAGGAACGCCCGGUCUGUAAACUUCACGGACGACUAUACUCCGCGUAAGAAAGGCUAUUUCAAAGCGAUGAAUAAGACGUCGGGUAUGCUCGACGAGUCGUUGCUCGAUUGUAGCAGGUUUGUCUUGUUCGAGAGCGGAAGAGACAGAAAGAGUGAAAGUGUCUCAUGUGACAGCAAAGGAGUAGAUCAUGCGUCUGUCUUCAAGCAGGAACAUAAAAUAUCCGGUCCAGACUCCCUUGAGUUAUCCAUCUUAAAUCAGUCUGCGAUGAACGACACACUGCUGGAAGUAAUUCCCAAGGAGAAUGACAGAUUGUCACCAUCUUUAUCAUCACCAUUGGAGAAAGAUGCGUUGUUCAAAGAGGAUAUCUUUUUUUCAAGUAACAAUUAUCUUAAGUUAAAUAUUCAGCGUUCAUUGUCACAGGGGGCUGGAAAGUCGCCGACAGGAUUGCCAUAUCCGUACAGAAGAUCGCAGUCCGUGACAGAUGGGCAAAGGAAAGCCUCGUUGGCGUCAAGUGGCACCAGCACUGUGUCGUUCUUAGACAAAGGCUUCUUGGAGAGCAGACAGAGUGAUCAGUCUGUAUUCUCCAGUUUGUCGAACGUCUCGUCCAUAACGAAACUGACUUCUGCCUCGUUGUCGUCAGUUCUGUCGAUCGAUCCGAUGAACCGUGCUUUCGUGGGCGACGGUUCGUCCUUGAAAAAUCAAGAGAGAAUGAGCAUAACCGAGAAUUCGGCGGAUAUACAGCCAAGGCGGUACGACUUGUCGGAUCUGUUGGAAAAGUUUAACAAGUUGAAAGGCACUAUGAAUGAUACGCAAAACAUCUUGAAUGUAACUGAGAAUGACACCAGUUCCUACGAAAGUAAUGAUCAAACUACUGAUAAUAAAUUGAUAGAUGUCGAUAUAUUCGUUCCAGAACUAAAUAUAAAUUUCAACAAAAGUUCGUCUUCCACUUGUUCUUCGGAUUCUGUGUUCACUAAUAAUAAAGUCAAUAAGUCUAUACUGAAAGAGGCAAAGGUGCUUGCGAAAACUUUUGAGGAAUUAAAUUCUGGAUCUAGUAUAGAUGAUGAUUUCAUAUCAAAUAAUACUUUGUGGAUGUCAGAAUUACUACCGGCAUUUGAUGAACCUGCUGUAGAUAAUUUGAUUCAUUUACCCUCGUCGCCAGAAGAAUACUCAAGAGAUAGAAGCAAUGAUAAAAAGCAAUCUCCUGCAAGCAUCGAUAGCACGGAAAAGAACUCAUUGAAGGAAUUGUCAUUUACUAGUGUUUCUGUUGUAAAACAAGACAUAACUUUGCUAUUAUUAGAUCUGAGAAAGUUAGUUAAACCCGAAAGUAAUCCUGAAGCUAAGAAAUUACUUGAUAAUCUGGAAGAUAUUUUGAAUGUUAAUUAUAAAAAUAAUACGGAAUUGUUGGCAGCCUGUCUUAAUGCAUCAAACAAAUCACAAAGUCUUCAGAAAACCUCUUCGGACAGUAUUGAAAAAUUUGAUAAAUCAAGUACAGAUAAAAGCUUGAAGGAAGAAAAAAAUAAGAUAUCCCAAGAAAUGAUUUGUAAUAAUGAAAAAUCAUUGUCGGACGUAAAUUAUAAAGACUUGGAAGAUACAUCACAAAACAUCAGCGAAAAAUCAUCAAUUACAGCCUGUAAAAAUAAUGACGAAACUCGCAAGAAUAUUACAGAUUCAUCUGAUUUAUCAGAAGACAGCAAGUCUAAAGAGUAUGAAGUUAAAGAGAGAGAUAGCCAGGUGGAUAAAAAGAUAGCGGUAGAAUUGCUGGUAAAUCUUAAAAAAUUAUUGAGCGGUCAAUUUGAGGAUGACACGACGAUACAGUUACUUAAAAAUAUAGGAAAAGUGUUGAAUAUCGCAUUAAAUAACCCUGAAAGUGGAAUGCAGACUGAUUGUACUAGGAAGCAGAAUAUCGUAUUAAAUAAUCCUGAAAGUGAAAUGGAGACUGAUUGUACUAGGAAGCAGAAUAUUCAGCAGACUACGCCUGUAAGAGCUCGAAAAUCUGAUUCUAACGUGCAUUCGUCUGCACUUUCGACAAAAGUAACACAUAGACGAAGCUUGGAGUUAAAAUCUAAAACAGUUAGAAAAAGUAUAUCUGCAAUCGAGUCAUCGCCUAAGAGUACACAAAUACGCACACGUAGGGAUUCAUCCAACCUGGAAAACCGCCAAAAGCGUUUUUCAAGCGAUCCUGGUUUUACUAGCAAUGUAUCAAAUAAAAAACCUGUGAUUCCAGAAGCAUGUAACACAAGAAAGAGUAAAUUAUAUACAACGGAAGUUGCAAAAUCUGAAUGCGGAAAGGAGAAAUCCAUUGGUUUAAAUGAUGUCAAAAAUAAGCUGAAAAAAAGAUCAGAUAUAAUCAAUAAAAAAGGUCCUAUAAGAGCGGUACAUCCUGUAGAUAACAUGCAAAAGAACAGAGCAUCAAUCGGAAGAAAAAUGUCUUCUCAAAUUAUAACACCACCAAAAUCCAAUAAAAUUACUCCAUUGGGUAACAAAAUAGUCAGCAGCACUCCAACAGACAAUAAUUACUAUAUGCCUAAAAAAUCCGCAAAAUCCAAACCGAUAGCCUCAUCAACGCCAGACAGCCAAAACAACAAGAACGCACCGUUGACGGCGUCCGUAAAUAAAAAACGUAACCUUUCCUGCGAUAUCUCACCGGUGACUACGUAUGUAAACAUGAGCAGCAGCGACGAGCGAAAGGACAGUCCUAGAAGAUCUACGUCUAAGUUGCCAACCCCGAAAAAGUGCACAACACCUACGCGUCAGCAUACGGACGCGCUUGGUAUUCCGAAGUUCCUGACCCCGCCAAGGCAUUAUUCGUCGUGCAAUACGAAUAACCAUUCACGAUCCCCGCGGCGCUUGAACAGGAGCGCGAUCGGUCUCCAGCGAUACUCCCCUGUAAGCGAAAAAAAGGAUAUUGGAAGGAUACAGCAGAGUCCGUUGAAGGAAACUAAUAGGAUUAGCGCGAAAGUGAAACCGCUCAACUUGAUUUCCAAGAUCAAGCGACACAGUAUCAGCGACUUCACCGAAGAGAAGGAGAACAAUUACGCUUGAGAAAGGAGCUUGAGAAGGAUCGAAAUGAUCUACUGUUGUGAUAUCAAUUAUGUAAUCGGAGAUUGCCUUUACGUGUAUAACACUUUACGUCUUAUCGUCGUAAGAGACACAGUUUUCUUUUUAUUCUUUUAUUUUUGUGAUAUACUUGUGUUUUAUAAUAAAAUAUUCGGCGAGAAGGUAUGCUAUUCGACCGUUUGCGAACUAUGCUAUUCGACCGUUUGCGAACCCUGAAGUAGUUUUAGUAGAGCGUUACAUACGAAACGUUGUGUACCUUCGAAUUCGAAAUUACUUAUGCAAUUUAACAGAAAGUUCAAAGUAAUAUAAAAUGAUGCAUUAAUAAAAUCCCAGAUUUGUGAAAAAAUCAACGCAAGAUUCAGAGAGAGAAAAAGAAAGAGAGGGAAAAUUAUAUAUGAAGAUUCAGGAUAUAAUUCCGAUAUUUUUUAAAAUUUUGACAGCGUAUGCCUCAAAAUUUGUGUUUUUCCUAUUCACUUUUGAUGUAAUACGUAAUCUAAGAUGUCGAUUAGCAAAUCUUCGACGGAAUCAAGAACUUUAAUAAUAAAAAACUUUAUUAUGCAUUUUUCUAUA